AUGGAGUUGCUCUUGCGAACAGUAUCAAGGGAAAGUGUGCAUCAUCAGCUAUCUGAAGGUGCUCAACUGCUUUUUGCAUCCAGAGGGACUUGCCAGCAGACAUUUGCUCUGAUCAUUGAUGGAAAAUCACUAACAUAUGCUCUAGAGGAUAAUAUGAAAAACAUGUUUCUAGAGCUUGCAAGUCAUUGUGCAUCUGUUAUCUGCUGCCGUUCAUCGCCAAAGCAGAAGGCUCUGGUUACUAGACUGGUCAAAUCUGGAACUGGUAAAACAACAUUAGCUAUUGGUGAUGGAGCUAAUGAUGUCGGAAUGCUUCAAGAAGCAGACGUAGGGAUUGGAAUCAGUGGCGUCGAAGGAAUGCAGGCCGUCAUGUCUAGUGAUAUUGCAAUUGCGCAGUUCAAGUAUUUGGAAAGAUUACUUCUUGUACAUGGACAUUGGUGUUACCGGAGGAUGUCAUCAAUGAUAUGCUAUUUUUUCUUUAAGAACAUCACAUUUGGAUUCACCCUAUUCUUGUAUGAGGUGUAUGCAUCAUUCUCUGGACAGCCUGCAUACAAUGACUGGUUUUUGUCUCUCUAUAGUGUCUUCUUUUCGUCACUUCCUGUAAUUGCCCUUGGGGUCCUUGACCAGGAUGUAUCUGCCAGGUACUGCCUGAAGGUAAGUUGUGAUUAACAUCUAAGACUAUUUGUUUCAAAUUCUCAAGCCCUUCAAAUGGCCAUUUCCAAAAUGGAGAACAUUUCUCCUUCCUCUUUUCUUGCCUCAAACACUAAUUGUCACUUAUACGGUGACAAAAAUAUGAUCCAAACAGGUAUUAAUAUGCUGUCAUGUUUCUAUUAAUAUUUGAGAAACAAAAUAUUUCAUUGUUGUCGUGUUAAAAUGCUGUUUUUUGAUUUAAAUAAAAAACAAUAAAACUCACCAAA